AUGUUACUUCGUCCAUAUAGUGAUAACCGCUGUGGGGACGAUCAUUCCUCUGGAACUCGAUGUAACAGCAUUGAUAUCUCAACCAGCUCUAAACAUUCCAAAAUCUCCGCACCUUCCACUCAAAACUAUUUCCUGAAUGAAAGGUCUUCCCCAAGAUCUCACAUAUUUUCAGAUCUGCCUGUCAAGGGAAUUGCGAGUCCUGAGGUUGGAGGUAUUAAAGAUGAGAAAUGUUGGCGUUUUGGGAAAUUUAUCAGCACAAAUUACCAAAAUGCUAAGUCCGACGAACAUCAUAAAGCUAAAAAACGAAAGUGUCAAAUCGUGCAAUAUAGACAACACGGGGAAUCGAGAAAGAUAAGCGCAUCAUGCGAGAUCGCGAGAUCCGUAAAGAUUAACCGUCCAGCUAGUCCGCCUGAGUUGAUAACUAUCUCAAAGUUCCGGUCUUACCACCCAGACGCACAUGGCAAAUCGCGAACAAACGAAACUUCACAAGGAACUGUAAUAUUGAAUAAACCGUCAUCAGAGUCGAAUUCACCUAAUAUUUCUCCAAGGGGUGGACAAUAUUUCAGUUCCUCUCAUGAUAGUGGAUAUUCGACACAGGCGUCUACCCGGUCCCUCGAAGAUUUAUCUCUGUUAUCUGCUGAAGUUUCAGGGACAAGCCCUUCAUCAACCUCUCAGCUACAUCCUUUUAUUUUUCCUCCACCGACUCCGGCUACCCCAAGCAAGGAGAAGAGUGAACUGAUGGGGAUAUGUUGGAGCAUGGGAUGGGUUCUCGACCACCUCGAAGCCUCUCUAACACGAACGCCUCAGCCAGAUUUAAACCUCUCAUCUCCUGUUAUCAUUUUUGUACGGUCGACUUCGGACAAAACUCUUCUCAAUCCAUUCGCAGAUAUCUUCCCCUCGGGGUCAACUGCGCAGCUUGCGUCGCGCAAAUACAUAUAUCUUCUCUACAUGAAGAUGAGCAACCGAACUACGGGCUGGACCUUUCAAGUAACCCCUGUGGAUAGCGUCUCUGGUGAAGCAAGGACGAGACCGGGGCCUAACCUAUCAAAACCAUAA